AUGGUGGUGUUGUCUCGAAUGUUGAAUAGGUCGUCGCCGAGUUUCCGGUUUCAUGAGAAGUGUGAUGGGGUUGCUCUGACGCAUUUAUGUUUUGCAGAUGACCUGAUGAUCUUCUCUCGUGCGGAUUUUGGUUCUUUAUCCUUUGUUAAUAAUGUUUUGGCCUCUUUUGGAGAGUUGGCAGGACUUGUGGCGAAUACUCGGAAGAGCUCGUUUUUUGGAACGGGUAUUCCUGAUGUUGAGGUGGAGCAGUUGGCGGCUUUCUCUGAUUUUUCGGUCACUUCGUUUCCUGUACGUUAUCUCGGGGUUCCGCUCUUUUCAUGUCGGCUCUCUCAUCAUGAUUGUCAGCCUUUGCUUGAGCAGAUUGUGUCUCGUGUUUGGAGUUGGUCGGCUAGGAUGUUUUCUUUCGCUAGCCGGUUGCAGCUUAUUCAGUCGAUUUUGCAGAGUUUUCAGAGCCGUGAGAGCAGGAAGGUGGUUGAGUGUGCGUCACUUGGGUUCUUGGAAUUCGGCCACUAUAAUGAAGCUGCUUUGGUUGCUCUUUAUGUGGGCUGGCUCUAUAUGGGCUGGCUCUAUGUGGGUGGCUUGAUAUUCUUUCUGUCCGAGAUGCUUUUUGACCUUUGGUUCGAUUUGCGAUUGGAGAUGGUCAGCGUUGUUUUGUUUGGCAUGACGCUUGGCUUCUGGAUGUCCGAUUUAUCCAAGGAUUGGAGAGAAGAUGUGCUCGUUUGGAUUCCGAAGUCGUCGGGUCUUUUCUCGGUGUCGAGCGCAUGGGAUGUGUUGCGGCCGACUCAACCUCUUGUUCCUUGGUUUUCCUCGCUUUGGUUCAGUGGGAACAUUUCGAAGCAUUCUUUCAUUGCUUGGUUGGCGGUGCGUGAUCGGCUUGCUACGCUAGAUCGCUUACGUCGUUGGGAUUCUUCUAUUCCUGUUUCCUGUGUGUUUUGUGUUAGCUUUGAGUCCUAG